ACCUCUGCGCCUGUUCUCUGGGUGGGCUGCCUGUGCUCCCACCUGCCACCCUCUGGGCCUGCCCAGGCUGGGCCCCCGCCCCCCCAUGCAGCACCCGAAGCCUUUCUACACUCCUGCAGCCCCCCAAGAAGGUUUCAGCCCUCGGGGCCUGGAUGGCACCGAGGGGCCAGGCACCCAGCCCACUCCUGCCUGCACAGAGCCUCUUCCCACUGUGGGUUCCUCCAACCUGUAUCACCCCCCAAACCUGGAGAAAGAGGUGUUUCCAGGCCCUCCAGCAGGUUUCCAGAUGGCGCCCUGCGGCUGCUUCUUUGACCCCCGCAUUUACCGAAUCGAGUGGGCCACCACCGACUUCGGCCAGUCGUCCCUGUACAAGCUGGCAGCAGCGGGCGGUGGGGUGCCAGCCGGGGGCCCCAAUUCACCCAGCACCUACCUCCUAGAGCCCCAGCACUAUCUCAAGGCCCCGGUGCCGCCUCCGCCAUACCCCCAUUUCCAGCCAGUGCCUGGGGGCCCCCAGUACCUCAUGCCCUACUUCCCCCCUGAGGGGCCCGGGCCUGAGGCCCUGGGCUUUAUGGGGGAUGGAGGGGCCCCCGCCUUUGUGGAGCUGCCCCCACCCCUGCUCAAGGAAGGCCUGGUGCCCCUGCCACCGCCGCUGCCCGCCACGGAAAAGCUGCCGCCCGUCGUCCUCUCGCUGCCGCCUGAGGCCGCCCCGCCCCCCGGGGGCUACGGCCACCUCAAGGGGCGCCUGAGCCAGUUCCACGUGCCUGGGGAGUCCCUAGCCUUUCCUGCCAAGGAGCUGCAGGGCGGUGGCACUGGGCCGGGCCUGCUGUACCCCCCAGGCCCUGGGGGCCCCAAGGCUGCCCCAGCAGAGGCAGCCCCAUUGGAGGCAGGGGAGGCCGGGUCCCCCGAGGCCGCCAGGGCCUUCGUGCUGCCUGAGAAGGUGCUGCUGGAAGAUGCCAUGAAGCUCUUCGACUGCCUGCCAGGGGGCGCCGAGCCCGAGGGGUCCCUGCGCAAGGUCCCGGGGCCAGCCCUGCCCGACAGCGGGGGCGGUGGGGAUGACUCCUCCAGCGACAUCCGCUCGCUGCACCUGCCGGAUGAGCUGCUGUCCUUCGACUACAGCGUGCCCGAGAUCCUGGACACCGUGUCCAACGUGGACUACUUUUUCAACUUCAAGGCGCUCGAUGAGGAGCCACCACCCUGCCCAGGGCCCCCCGCCAUCACCAUUGCGGCCCCUGCGCUUCGGGCUGAGCCUCCCAGCAAGAGAAAGUCCUCAGCCACCAAAAAGGGGAGACAAGGAGGCAAGAGUAAGCAGGCCAUGGGCCUGGCCAGCGCCCCACCCCCGGGACCCAGGCAGGACCUGGGAGCCACCCCCCAUUAA